ACCUCCACCCCUCGAGGAAGCUGAGCGACAUCCAUCAGACUCUCUGCUGCACUCUCGGAGGUACACACUUCUUCAGGCUGCACCCCACAAACGUUCCGCCGGGCUGUCACACCGAUUUCCGGGCACAAUCUGGUGAUCUCCCCGCUGAUUCCCCUCUCCAUCAGGACCGAGGGAGAGAUGCGCCGUCUGGGAGGAGUAGGAGGAGAAGAACAGCAGCAGCAGCAACACACACCUGCGAGCAAGAUCUGAGUUUCUGUAACAUCAGAGAAAGGUUUAUUGCGGGCAUCAAUAUGACUGAUGGGGAUUAUGACUACCUUAUAAAGCUCCUUGCCCUGGGGGACUCCGGCGUGGGGAAGACCACCUUCCUGUACCGAUACACAGACAACAAGUUCAACCCAAAGUUCAUCACCACAGUCGGCAUCGACUUCAGGGAAAAGAGAGUGGUGUACACAGCGGCCAAUCCCAAUGCGACGACAACAGGGAAAACCUUCAAGGUUCACCUUCAGCUAUGGGACACAGCUGGGCAGGAGAGAUUCCGCAGCCUGACGACGGCGUUCUUCAGGGACGCCAUGGGCUUCCUGCUGAUGUUUGAUCUCACCAGCCAGCAGAGUUUCCUCAAUGUCAGAAACUGGAUGAGCCAGCUACAGGCCAAUGCGUACUGUGAGAAUCCAGAUAUCGUGUUGAUAGGAAACAAGGCGGACCUGGCGGACCAGCGGGAGGUUCAGGAGAAACAGGCCAAGGAGCUGGCUGAUAAAUACGGGAUCCCGUACUUUGAGACGAGUGCAGCCACAGGGGCGGAGGUGGACAAGGCGGUGAUAACGCUGUUGGACCUAGUCAUGAAGAGGAUGGAGCAGUGUGUCGACAAACCGCCCGCCGAUCCAGCCAAUGGGAACGGAGCCACGAAGCUCAGCGAUGAGCAGCCCAACGAGAAGAAAUGUGCAUGCUAGAUGAAGAAGGAAACGACCAUUCAGCGCUCUUCUGUCGUCCGUCCUUUCUACUCACCACAUCUGUCCUUCUUUUACCUUCUCCUUCCGUCAUCUUUGCAUGUUUCUACCUCUUUUACACUUUCUAAAACUAACCUUUAACCAUAUUCUGCUUCUUUUUUCUUUAUCUUCUUUCUCCUCCCAUACGGAUUGGCACUGUGGCAAUGACACAACCCUGUCCCCCCUAGUGGCUAUUCAAGGAAACAGUCUUAGUCUGAGGAAAUGAAAACAGGAGGGGAUCGUUUCAUCACUGUCAGACACAUAAUGUGCCUCAUUUACAGUAAAACAUGCAGCCUGUGAAUUAAGCUCUGCCAGCUCCAAAUUGCUCUGCUCCCAAGUGGUUUGAAUAAUUUAAAUGGAUCUCUCAAGGCAAAAAGGAGAUAUUUACAACUUCAAUUUGAACUUUUGAUGCAACAACAGUACAUCACUUCGUAACAGAGGUAAGUUGUUACCUCUUUAGGAUAUCACUUGAUGACAGCAGGCAUGAAGAGCUUGACAUCAGGCUGUGUGUCUGUGUAAAUUAACUAAUGAUCCUCUCCUGAAACCUUUCCUCCAGGACCAGGGAGAACAAAUGUAUUUCCCCCUCCUCCCCUGUUUCAAACAUUGUUCAUGCGAUGCUCUACCUGUAUGAGAGCCAUGAAAGGACAUUUUUCAGUGUUUCUGGUCUGGUUCACAAAUGCAAAACGUUGUUCCUAAAAAUGUAGCCACACAGUUUUUAACCCAGUUGGCUACAGCGUCAUGGUGGAGCUCUUUGACCCUGUUAGCUCAAAUGACAUGUAAUGACAGCUGAAUCUACAAUGACCCUGCAGAUAAAUAUUGGGAGUAUAUUGAACUUUAUUAGCAUUUUUCACAACUAAACUGUCAUAUUUGUAUCACAUAAAAGAAAUACUUGUGUUGCCACUAAAUAAAAAUAGUUACCUUGGAACAGGUGUUGCUAUGAGCUAACCGCUACAUUUCCUCCUGUUUGCACAUCUGAUUAGCAGCUUGUGUAGCUAGAUAGCUACAAACUAGCUAACGUAGGGUAUCAGUGCUCAGUAGUGAUAGCAGUGGCUACAAACGGUAUGCUAAUAUUAACAAAAGCAGGCUAGGUGUGGAGUGAAGAGUAUUUUUAGUAACUCAUUUAGAAACAUUUCGAGAAAUGCAUAGCCCACUUCUCGCUGUACCAUUAAAAUCGUGCUAUCAAGACUAGCUUGCUAGCUAGGUUGUUGUGGCCGUUGAGUUGCUGCUUUUAGCUAUUCUUGCUUUUCUUUGUCACUUUCUUACAUGACUGCCAUAUGAUAAAUUAGAAAAAGAAUUGUCUAAAUACGUUUACAUUGCAUUGAUAACCUUUAUUUCUUUGUCCCCAUGAUUAUUUCCCAACCUUACUUCAAACUGUACGGAACAACAGCGGCUAAAGCUAGCUUGUUGAUGUUAGCAUUUUGAUCGCGCCUUUCUUUUGCAACUCUUUAUUUUGUCUUCAGAUUAGUGUCAGACAUGGCUGAUUAUGAUUUGUAUAGUAUACCAUCCGUACUGUACAAUACAUAUGGGUACAGCAAAGCAAUGGGAAGUGGACAAAAAAAACAUAUACAUAUUAUUAAUAGGGUAUCCUAUAGAGUACCUGGAUAGGCAUAUUGUUCCAAACUGAUCUACUGCCUUGGCUUUUAAAGCUUUAUUUCACUGCAGUGGAGCAGACUUUAAUCUUUGUAGGAGUUUGAGAUAAUUCAGCACCUAACAUCAGUUGCUCUGGGGAUGCUAUAGGUCACCCUAUUGCUAUCACUAAAAUGUAAUAAACAUUUUAUGUCAAUUAGUAUGAAUUCAUCUUAAACAAAUGUAAUGGAUUUAUGAGUGCAGAGCAUGAUUAUCUAUUUUAGAUUAUUAUGGGAGUCAGUGUGACUUCUGCUUUUCAGGGCAGCUGAUUGUCCAUCUCUUUAUAACAACAAAGUGAAAUAUUGCUUUAAGGCUCCAUACACGACCAGUAUUGUUGGAAUAUAAAGUGACCAAUUAUUUAUAUUAAAAGAAAUGUAAAGCAUAGAUGAUUAUUUCAGUUGUCAUAUUUUUGUGAAGUCCUUCACAUCUCACACAUAUCCUUUUUUAAUUUUAUUCCAUUCAUAUUUGUUUUUCUUUUCAUUCCUAUAUUGCUCUGUAUCUCUGUUUGCUAUGACCCCACAAAUUACUUAACAAAAUGCUUUUCUCUUAUAUGAAGAAAAUACACUUUUAAACUCUUGAGAUGUACACUUGAAGUUACUGUGGACCAACUUUCUGUUGUGUAUUGUGCAUGGUUAACACUAAAUUGUUUAGUAAACGUAAGAACUCACAUUCAUAUAGAAACUCAACUAAAAACGCUGCAUUCAAGCCCUUUAAAUUUAAAAGUCCAACUCAAUGGUUUUCCUCAUCAUGUUACACCUUGAUCUGCCUUACAGUACUUCAU